CCCGGCCCGGCUCGGCCCGGCCCGCCCUCUCUUCUCCCCUUCCCCUCUCCCCGGCCCCGAAAGCGGGGGCCUGGAGUCCAUACUGCCGCCGCCUUUUCCUUUUUCGCCGCCUCCGUUGCCGCUUGAGGAGACGGACCGAGCCGGGAGUUCCGCCGCCACCGCCAGAUGGAUAUAUGUGGAGUUUGUCGGGUGGAAAUGAGAAUUAAAACGUGUUAAUGAAUAGAGGGGUCGUAACUUUACAGUUGGCUUUAUGAUGGACAGAAUGACAGAAGAUGCCCUUCGCUUGAAUCUGCUGAAGCGAAGCCUGGACCAGGCAGAUGAACGUGAUGAUGUCCUGGCAAAGAGACUCAAGAUGGAAGGACAUGAGGCUAUGGAGCGAUUAAAAAUGUUAGCACUGCUCAAAAGGAAGGACCUGGCAGGCAUUGAGAUGCCCCAUGAGUUACCUACUAAACAAGAUGGUGGCAGCGGUGGCAAGGGCUAUGAGGAAAAACUUAAUGGGAACCUGAGGCCGCAUGGAGAUAACAGGACUGCUGGACGGCCAGGCAAGGAGAACAUCAAUGAUGAACCUGUGGACAUGAGUGCUAGGAGAAGUGAGCCAGACCGGGGACGGCUGACUCCCUCCCCUGACAUCAUUGUCCUUUCUGACAAUGAAGCCUCCAGUCCUCGUUCCAGUUCCCGAAUGGAAGAGAGACUGAAAGCAGCCAAUUUGGAGAUGUUUAAGGGGAAAGGUAUUGAAGAGCGGCAGCAACUUAUUAAGCAGCUGAGAGAUGAGCUACGUCUAGAGGAAGCCAGACUGGUACUGUUGAAGAAACUAAGGCAGAGUCAGCUACAGAAGGAGAAUGUGGUUCAGAAGACCCCAGUUGUACAAAAUGCAGCAUCAAUUGUCCAGCCAUCUCCUGCCCAUGUAGGACAGCAGGGCCUGUCCAAGCUUCCUUCCAGGCCUGGUGCUCAGGGAGUGGAGCCCCAAAACCUGAGAACAUUGCAGGGUCACAGUGUCAUCCGCUCAGCCACCAACACAACCCUUCCACACAUGCUGAUGUCACAGCGAGUUAUUGCACCAAACCCUGCCCAACUGCAGGGCCAGCGAGGGCCACCCAAACCUGGCCUCGUACGUACCACCACACCCAACAUGAACCCCGCCAUCAACUACCAGCCGCAGUCAAGUUCUUCUGUCCCUUGCCAGCGCACAACAUCCUCUGCCAUCUAUAUGAACCUUGCCUCUCACAUCCAGCCAGGGACUGUUAACAGAGUGUCUUCACCACUCCCCAGUCCCAGUGCCAUGACUGAUGCAGCCAAUUCACAGGCAGCAGCUAAGUUGGCCCUUCGUAAGCAGCUGGAAAAAACACUGCUGGAGAUCCCACCCCCUAAGCCUCCUGCCCCUCUGCUCCACUUCCUGCCCAGUGCAGCCAACAGCGAGUUCAUCUAUAUGGUGGGCUUGGAGGAGGUGGUGCAGAGUGUCAUUGACAGCCAAGGCAAAGGUUGUGCCUCACUUCUGCGGGUGGAGCCAUUUGUAUGUGCUCAGUGCCGCACAGACUUUACCCCACACUGGAAGCAAGAGAAAAAUGGCAAGAUUCUGUGUGAGCAAUGCAUGACCUCCAACCAGAAGAAGGCCCUAAAGGCUGAGCAUACUAACCGGUUGAAGAAUGCCUUUGUCAAAGCCCUACAGCAGGAACAGGAAAUUGAACAGCGACUACAGCAGCAGGCAGCCCUCUCCCCUACUACGGCUCCAGCUGUGUCCAGUGUCAGUAAGCAAGAGACCAUCAUGAGACACCAUACGCUCCGGCAGGCUCCACAGCCCCAGAGCACCCUCCAGCGUGGCAUCCCCACAUCUGCCCGCUCCAUGCUUUCCAACUUUGCACAGGCACCCCAGCUGUCUGUGGCAGGAGGCCUCCUUGGCAUGCCAGGUGUUAAUAUUGCUUACUUGAACACUGGCAUCGGGGGACACAAAGCACCCAGCCUGGCAGACCGACAGAGGGAGUACCUUUUAGACAUGAUCCCACCCCGGUCUAUAUCGCAGUCCAUCAGUGGACAGAAAUAACGCCUAUUCCACCUGCCCCGCCCCAACCCUGAACCCCUCUGUUCCCUCCCUCUCUCCCUUUGCCCCCAACUUCCGUCGCAUGCAGUGCCUGUACUGGUGCCUACCAUACACGGAAAACAAAACAAAACAAAAAAAAAACAGAAGACAAAAAAAAGAAACCAACAAGAAAACACAUACUCAUGCCCCUCCCUGCCACCUCCCCUCUUUCCACACUGCAGCGAUCUGUUCCUCUGCCGCUCUUUUCUUCUCUCUUCAGUUUUCUAUGAUAGUGAGAGGUGGAUCUGCACCCCACUAGAGGUCAGAGUGAGGUCCCAGGGAGAAUCUGUGCCCUCUGACAUAUGUUUCUGAAGCUUGUUUUUAUGCUAUAAUUAUUAUUAUUUUUAAUGAUGUCUCGUGUCCUCCCUUUUUGUUCAAUGGACGGUUAAACCCUUUUCUUUCUCCUUUUUUUUUCUUUCUAUUUUUAACAAAGAUAUCCACUUAAGUGAUAGGAGCAUUGCAGUGGUUUUCUUCAUGGGGGUGGGGCUCCAGCCAAAAGGCAUAAGGUGACUAAGGCUGGUUAGGGGGUGAAUACGUUUAAUCAGUGGAAUUUAGUGGCAACACAAGAGGAAGAAUGGCACCUCCAGGCUCUGAGGCAUAGGAUUUCUUAGGAAAGGGGAACAUUGUAGCUGGGCUCUGGGAAUGAGGGUCAGGUGCUUUGGAAGGGAGAAGCUUUAAAACACAGCACCCAUAGUACUUAACCCAUGGUGCUAGUGAGGGUGGGAAAGCAUGGGCAAGAUUUUGAACUAGGGAGGACUGUUAUCAGGUCGUGGCCUCUGAACAAUAAGAACCAGGAGCAAGGAUAAUCUUUGACUCCAUUGGAAAGAAAGGAGUCUGUUUGAGGUUAGGUGGCCCAACUUCAGUCCACUAAAGUCAUCCUAACCUGUCCCUUCUGCCUAUAGCCCCAGCCACACUAAGGGUGAAAGGCAUUAUCUGACCCCCAAGCAGAAUUUGACUGGGGGACCUGGAAGUUGGAAUGGGAGUGAGUAAAUUGGGAAAGAGGAGGAAUAGUUGUGGAGGAAGGAAGAACAGAAGGGGUUUUCUCCAUGAAGGUAAGGUUGGUUCACUUUGCAGUCUGGCUUCUCUCCCUUUUACCUCCUGAACAUAGAGGGCAAAGGAAGGAAAGGUUUCCAACCCAGGUGGGGAGCCCCAUCCUGACUAUACCCUUGGCAAAUUUGUUACUGCACCAAGCCAAAUGACUCACUUCAAAACCAGCUUCAGAGGCUGCUUCUGAGAUCUAAAGUUGGUUUUUAAAGUAUUUUCAGAAUUUUAAUAGUUUUGUUUUUGUUUUUGUUUUGUUUGGGAAUUGCUACUAAUGUAGAAAAUGAAUUGAAUUGUGCAAUGUCAUUCUGGGAAUGGGGGGAGGAAUUAGCACCCAAUCUGCGCACCUUUUGGAUUGAGGGGGCAGGGAAGGUGCCAGGCUUUCUUUGAGGUGUGCUGCCCUCAAACACACACCCUUCUAGCUCUAAUAAACCACCAGAGGUCCCCUAAAUAUAGCAUGCCCAAAAGAAAGGCAUGGGGAAGGAGUGUGAGGUCCUGACCUGCUUCCAAAACCAGCCAGAAUGCCCCCCUCCCCCUGAAAAAAAAAGGCACUUUUAAAAAUUAAUGAAAGAAAGAAAAGACUACACAUUCCCCCAAAAGGUUUUUGGUGUUUGGAAUAGGGAUAAAGGAGCUGGGACCAGGCUUUGGUCCUCCACCCACUCCUGACACCCCUGUGCCAUUUCGGGUGAUUGUACUGGCCCCACGGGCCUUCCCCGGUUUUUUUUCUUCCUCCCUUCUCCCCAAAAUCCAUUGAGCACUUAAUAGAGGGGCAAAGAUACAGCCUGUGUCUGGACUCCCUGGUGGUGAAAGGAUCUGGAAGCUAGAAGCUAGUAACCGGUAGUGAUGGGGUUGUUGUUGCGAGUGUUGUCUGAUGGGGUGUGUGGUACCCCCUGACUGUAAAUGGGGUGGGGGUGGGGGGAAUAGU